AUGGAUCGAGUGCAGGCAUUCGGAAAGACCUUCAGCGCGAGCUUCACGCCCUUCGCGCAGCGCACCCAGCAGAUGAUUAAGGAGCAACUCGGCCAAGUCGAAGACAAGACCCAGCUCCCCGAUGAAUACAUCGAGCUCGAGAAGCGUGUCGAUGCGCUGAAGCUCGUCCACCAGAAGCUGCUGCAAGUGACCUCGCAGUACUCCAACGAGGCUUACGACUACCCACCCAACAUUCGCGAGUCCUUCAAUGACCUGGGUCGCACCAUCAAUGAGAAGGUCUCCCUCUUGUCCCAGGCCAACUCCCCCGCUGAAGCCCAGGCCGCUCUGACUGCACCCCCAUCCGCCAAACCCCAGCCCAAGACCUUCAACCAUGCCAUCGCGCGCGCUUCGCUUUCCGGAUCGCAGAUCCUAGCGCAGAGCGUUGAGGGCGAGGACCCUCUCGCUACUGCCCUGGAGAAGUACGCUCUCGCCGAGGAAAAGGUCGGCGAGGCCCGCCUGGCCCAGGAUGCUCAGAUCCAGUCUCGUUUCCUGGCUGGCUGGAACACUACUCUCAACACCAACCUGAUGUUCGCUGCCAAGGCGCGCAAGAACGUUGAGAACGCCCGUCUGACUCUUGACUCGAUCAAGGCUAGCAAGAAAGCUGCCGCCCGGGGUGACCUGGACAACCUCAGCGAGGAUGCCCGUGCCGAGAUCGAGCAAGCGGAAGAUGAGUUCGUUGGCCAGACCGAGGAGGCGGUUAGCGUAAUGAAGAACGUCCUUGAUACCCCUGAGCCCCUUCGCAACCUCGCCGACCUUAUCGCCGCCCAGCUCGAGUUCCACAAGAAGGCAUACGAGAUCCUGAGUGAGCUUGCACCAUCCGUCGAUGCACUGCAGGUGGAGCAGGAGGCUAGCUACCGCAAGAGCCGUGAGGGCGCAUAG